ACACUGGCCAUGGUGUACUGUACACAUCCUCCUCAUCUGGUUUGGUGUAUUCUGAGUCUUUGAGAAACCAUCUCUUCCCCAACUACAAUAUAGUGCAUGACUUUUACAAGGUGGAAUCUAUUCGGGGUGUAUACCUGGCUAGCCAGAUGAGUGAUGACAAGUCCAUCCAUACAAUGAUCACCUACAACAGAGGGGCCGAGUGGAAGAAAGUGCCAAGACCUAUUGGUGUAGAAUGUCAGAAUGAUGAAAAGUCUGGUGACAGAUAUUUAGAACCUACUAAUGGAAUAGCUCUAGUUCAUGGUGAGUCUGGUGACAGAUAUUUAGAACCUACUAAUGGAAUAGUUCUAGUUCAUGCUCAUGUGGCCAGCAACCUGCAGACCACACCUCCUGAUGUCUUCCUCUCAACAGAUGGUGGAUACAACUUCAGACGGGUUUUGAAAGGACCUCAUGCCUAUGAGAUUGCCGACAGUGGGGGUCUGCUGGUAGCCGUGCCUUUAGACACUGACUACCCAAAUGUUGUCAAGUUCUCCACAGAUGAGGGAAACUGCUGGCAUACAUACAAGUUCACUUCAGAUGAGAUCAAAUUCACUGGUCUGCUGACAGAACCUGGAGGCAAGUCCAUGACCUUUGGCAUCUGGGGCUAUCAGAAAGCAUCCAAAAAGUGGACUGUCAAUGUUAUUGAUUUUAAUACUAUUGUGACCAGAGAAUGCAAAGAAGAUGAUUACAUCAAAUGGAUUCCACACACUAGUCUCAACACUAAACCAGGGUUUGAAGGGUGUUUACUGGGCAGAAAGGAAACAUUCAAACUGAUUAAGAAAGAUUCUUGGUGCCGAAAUGGAUACUACAAAAAUAUGGAUGUUCUCACAGAUAAUUGCAAGUGCACAGAGGAAGAUUAUGAAUGUGACUAUGGCUUCUAUCGACCGGACAACUCCGUGAAAUGCGUCAGACAGCCAGAUAUUAAAGCCGAACAAAUUGAUAUUUGUAAAGGAGGCCACUUAGAGAAACUUGAAACAAUUGGUUACCGCCGUAUCCCAGGUGAUACUUGUGACGCCACCUAUGGCUUUCACCCUGUCAGUGAUGUGACUGAGUUAGAUGUCAUCUGUGGGGCUGGAGAUAAGAAGGCUGUUCAACAGGACAUGACGCAUACAGGAGCUGGUAAAAUUGUGGUUGCCGUUAUUGGGAGCAUCAUAUUGGUUCUGGUUGCAGUUGUGGGAGCUUUCUUCAUGUACAAGCUGGUCCUGUUGAAAAAGCACAAAGUUGUCUACAGAUACUCCAGGCUGAAUCAUGGUGACGGGGAUCUCGAGAGUGCUGUAGCUCAUCAUGCGAACCUUUUCAGUGAAUCCUCUGACGAUGAGCAGAAUCCACCGGUCAAGCAGAAUGGCAAUGGUUAUGUUCCUGCUCCUGCAAAAGGCCCAGCAGACAUUAAAUCCUACCAUGAUGACUCUGAUGAUGACAUGCUAGGAUAG